CUAUUUCUCCUAUCGACUCCUCUCAUUCCCUCAUCGACUCACCGCCCCGUCGCAUACGACACACGGCAACAUGCGGACGCCCGCAGGUUUCACUGCCGACGGCGACGGCGACCCCUCCUCCGCUGCCUCCCUUCUAUCCUCGCCUCCCUCCUCCUCCGCUGCCGCCCCCGGAGGGCCCCACUCACCGUGGCACUCGCCCGUGCCGUACCUCUUUGGCGGCCUCGCUGCCAUGCUCGGUCUCAUCGCCGUCGCCCUCCUCAUCCUCACCUGCUCCUUCUGGCAGCUCUCCAGCUACCUCGAUGCCGGCGAGCCCGACCCCGACCCCGACGCUGCCGACGGCGGCGGCGACCCCCCCUCUGCUGACCACCGGAAGCCCGGCACCGCCGUCCCUGCUCUCCUCGAGGAGCGCUUCCUCGUCAUCAUGCCCGGCGACGACGCCCCCACCGUCCUCGCCAUCCCCAUUUCCAAACCUCCCUCCGCCGCCUCCUCCACCCCCUCCUCCGCCCUCUCCGCCGCCGCCGCGGCCACCGACCAGGACGUCCGACAACCUUCCUCCUGACCGAAGGCGACGGGCUGCCCGCAUAUGAUGUUACUUGUUCUAUCGCAUAGUCAGAAAAUAUAUAAAUUUCUAAAUUAUUCGAAUUUUUUUUUCAAUGAUUCUUUCCCUCAAAGUUUAAUUAAAAUUCGAUAACAAUAAUUUCGAUAA